AUGGUUCAUAUAGGCUGCACCUUUUAUCAAGCGUUAAAAAACUCAACAGAGGGACAAGACUCUUUCAAUGGGACAGUAGCAGUUGUGUUAAUCGUUGUCAAUGCCUUGGCAAGUGUUUUUGUGAUAUUAAGCAACUUCACGGCGAUGUACACCAUCGUACGAACUCCAGCACUACAUUCUCCAUCGAACGUUUUCAUUCUGGGAUUAGCUAUGUCAGAUUUUGCUGUUGGUACUAUAGCACAGCCGGCUUUAAUAACAAUUCAAGCAAGUGCAAUUAAGAACAACUCUGUCUACUUCUGUAAUGCUGUUAAAGUGUUCGAAUUCGUUGGAUGGACUCUUGCGUCAGUGUCACUAUUAACUCUGACAGCUUUAACAGCAGAUCGUUUCUUAGCAAUUCACUUUCACCUGCGAUAUCAGGAAUUUGUCACCAACCGACGAGUUGGUAUUGUUCUUGUUAUUAUAUGGUUGUAUGGCUUGCUGUCUGGUUCGCUGAAAAUCAUAAUAGGCAAAGGCAUUCUAAUUCUCCAUGUAAUUGUUCUUGUUCCUGUUGCUAUAAUGAACGUGAAUUUCCUUCUAAAAAUACACCUAACAGUUCGACGACACUCUGCAGAGAUUGAGGCUCUACAACAAACAGCUCAGCUAAACAUGCCACGAAUGAAGAAAUCUGUAAAAGUCACAUAUUUGGUGGUCGCUGCCUUUGCGUCUUUCUAUUUACCAUAUAUCUGUUGCGCUGGUGCUAUUGCAAUCAAAGGCAAAGAGACUUCUGAUAUAGUCCUUGCAUACAGAAUAACUGAGAGCCUUGUACUACUAAAUAGUUUAGUCAAUCCAAUGAUAUAUUAUUGGCGAAUAGAAGAACUUAGAAACGCUACCCGACAGCUAAUAUGCAGUUAG